AUUACGGUGUUGGCUUAGUUAUGAAUUACUGAGUUUACUACGAGUUGUAAAAUUUGAAAAUUAUUAUAGUUGAGUGAAGCUGUAACGUAAUUAUGGCCAGACCGUUGUUGAUUAAGGUUUUCGGCAUCGUCGUGACCUUUUUGGUAGUAGCGUGUCAAAAAAAUGCCGAUGAGAGUAGGCCUUACGAGUUCGGAUUCACAAUCGAUGGUGAGCAGCACAGGCACGAGAAGAAAGAUGUUAAUGGGAUUAUUCAAGGAGAGUUCGGGUUCAUUACUGCCGAUGGUAUUUAUCACGUGACGGUGUACGCCACUGACGAAAACGGGAACUUCAAGAUUCUCAGCAUGAGAAACAUUCGAAUAAGUGCACCGCUUGAUGGAUCACCGCUUCCUCCUGGAGCCAAAAUCGAGAGCUACGCAGGAGCGGGUAAAGUCCAGCCCCAACCACCAGCUCCGGUUCGCCAGCAACCAAAAUACCCAUCCAUAGACGAAAGAAACCAAUUCCAGAACCAACAAGUGCAAACCACAGCGAAAACAACGUUCGCUUUUACCACGCAACCAACCAUUAAACCAGCGUGUGGAGGCUGCGGCUAUGUAACAACGCCUAAACCUAGACCUGGCGAGCGCUUCCCGUUCCAAACACCCGCUUUCCAGAAGCCUAGUCAACAAAACGGCGCCGUUGGUGGUGGUCAAACCUCUGGACCCAAUUAUCAAACCCCAAGCAAAUCCAGCUUCCCGAAUCAAAGACCAGGAAGCAUCCAACAGACGCCUGGAUCUCCUUUGACACCCAAUCGCAUCCAUGGAGGUUCCGUCCCCUCAAGUCCCACUCCAGGUGGAGGUGUCCCCAAUUCCAUUUACCCCUCCAAUCAAAGACAGAACGAAAUCGACGCCUCCAACCCUCGUCGACCGCUGUCACAAGUUAGUGUCAAAGACGGCGUUAUUCACGUUCCCGGUAAUCAGGAUAUUCCAAUCCGGGAUAAGUUCCCAGGGAUGGUUGAUGGGCUUCCGAAUGGAAUUACGGAAAAGGAUGUCACGGAUUUGCUCUAUAAGUUUAAUUAUACUGUUGGGUUCCACGGUCACUACGAGAAGGGUUUGAAGAAUGGGGCUAAGGUUGGUGGGUACUUUGUGACGGGACGCGAUGGGAUUAGCAGGAUUGUUACUUAUGUGGCGGAUGAGAACGGUUUUAGGCCGAAGGUUAAGUUUGUUAGGUUGGAUUUGGCUUCGGAUGAGGUUCCAAAAGAAGGGUCUGAGAAGACGUUCGGGUUGAAGAACUUCGAGUUUAUUUGGUAUCCGAUUAGUUGAAGAGGGGUGUACAGAGGUUGUUGUUGUUUUGAAAUGAAUGUGUGUGUUUUUCACUUAUUGUGUAUUUUGAUUAAAUAAAAAUUUAAAA